CUGAACAGUUCCCGACAUGGUCAGAGGUGGCAGCAGAGAGCCCUUUGUCGGAUUGUAAAGAAAUAGGAGACUUCCUCCAGGUCGUACAGCAGCUGAUACUGGGAGUCUUGAGUAUCUGAAAAAGAGCAUUUCAGAAUAUAAACGAUGGAUGUUUCUUCAAGAAAUUCUGAUGGAGAAGAAGAGACUUUAACUAGUUCAGAAUCCUCUGGUAAAGAUACUUCAGGCACUGCAAGUUCAUAUAUCUUUUUUCUCGUAAUAUGGAUACUAUUCAGCAUAGCCAUGAUUGUUAUAGGGUCUUUGUACAUCCAUGAGUGUUCAACAGAGCCCAAAAUUCCCAUCUAUCUGAUCGUGGCUGGUACCAGUUAUUUAUUUGGAAUUGUGCUGUUUAUACUGAAACUGGUUGCUCUGAAACUAACAUUUGGCCUAGAAGUGCUUCUGUGCCUCUUUUCAUUCUGUUGGUUUACUGCAGGAAGCAUCUGGGUGUUUACUAUCUAUCAAGAGGAUUCCAGAGACUGCAAUGAAAUUGUCUUUGAUUUUGCCUUUGGGGCCCUAAUAUUUCAAUAUAUCUUUCUAGCCUUUAUAUCAGUAAUUGUCUGCCUGUGCUCAUGUUGUGUAGGUUUCCUGGCUGCAAAAGUUGCAAUUCAAAUUGAUGUGGAAAAGGCACCUCUUACCCCGGAGCAGUUUUGAAAUACAAUAAAUAAAAUAAAUGUAUGCGUAUGGAAUAUAAUUACAAAAAAAGAAAAAGAAAAUUCUAAUAAGAAAGAGAAUGUUUUUGUACAAAAUAAGUUUACUGA